AGACUGCGAGGAGGAACCCCGCCUCUACAGAGUCCCGGGGCAGCGAGUCUGGCAACAUCUGACCCCUCCCUGUCUGUGAAACGUCCCUCUGUGCCCGAUUCAAAAGGAGGAAGACAGAAAUCGACGCUAUUGAGAAGAUUGGGCAAAGUUGGGCAACACAGUGGAGGAACUCCUCGCCGCCGUCAUCUCGUUGGACUGAGGUUCUCUUGCAAACUCUUAGGGAAGUAUCAGCCCCCAACUCGUUCGAAAGAUCAGCAUUGAACCAAUGCCUGCAGACGAGAGCUGUGACACCGCCACUUGAUUGGUGCAGAAACUCUGCUGAUCACCUAGGUUACAGCAUCGUAUUAAUGGUUAAUUCGAUGGUUAAUUCUUGUAGGAUGUUGCUGGGCGGGUUGGAAAUAUAAGAUGAAACGCUAAAGCAAAGAGGACAGGUAGAGAGAGGGAAUAACGUGAAGGAGAGAGAGAGACACAGACAGACAGACAGGCAGAGACAGAGACAUACAGACAGGCAUGGGGAAAGGCGGAGAGAAAAAAGAAGAAGAGGAAUUCGAGAAGAAAGUACCCCUUUACACGUGGGACGAGAUUGAGAAGCACAAUAGCAGGACGGACCAGUGGCUUGUGAUUGAUAGGAAAGUAUACAACAUCACCAACUGGGCGCUCAAACACCCGGGAGGGGUUCGGGUUAUCAGUCAUUAUGCCGGCGAAGAUGCAACGGAUGCAUUCCAGGCUUUCCAUCCAAACCUGACCUUUGUCCGGAAAUUUCUGAAACCUCUUCUGCUUGGUGAGCUAGCACCGGGAGAGCCCAGCCAGGACCACCAGAAGAAGCUAGAGUUGAUUGAAGAUUUUCGGGCCUUGCGGAAAACAGCAGAGGACAUGGAACUAUUUAAGACAGAUCUGGUCUUUUUCUCCCUCUACCUUGGCCACCUUUUUCUCCUGGAAUUCCUAGCCUGGUUUACGUUGUCAUAUUUUGGGUCUGGUUGGAUUCCAACGCUCAUGGCUGCCUUAAUCCUGGCAACCUCACAGGCUCAGUCAGGCUGGCUUCAACAUGACUUCGGACAUUUGUCAGUUUUCCGGAAAACAAAAUGGAACCACCUGUUACACAAGUUCCUGAUAGGUCACAUGAAGGGAGCUUCUGGAAACUGGUGGAAUCAUCGACACUUCCAACACCACGCCAAGCCCAACAUCUUUAAUAAAGACCCUGAUGUGAACAUGCUGAAGGUGUUCGUACUGGGAAACACACAACCUGUGGAGUUUGGAAAAAAGAAGAUCAAGUAUUUGCCGUACAACUAUCAGCACGAGUACUUCUUCCUCAUUGGCCCGCCCCUGCUAAUUCCGGUGUAUUUCUACAUUCAGAUAACGAUGACGAUGAUCACCCGCCGCGAUUGGGUGGAUCUUGCCUGGGCAACAACGUACUACAUCCGCUACUUCAACACUUAUGCCUCUUUCUAUGGAUUCUUUGGGUCUGUCAUCUUUGUUCUAUUCGUCAGGUUCAUCGAGAGCCAUUGGUUUGUGUGGGUGACCCAGAUGAACCAUAUUCCAAUGGAAAUUGAUGAUGAAAAGCACAAGGACUGGCUCAGUAUGCAGUUGGACUCCACGUGUAACAUUGAACAAUCCUUCUUCAAUGACUGGUUCAGUGGCCAUCUCAACUUUCAGAUUGAGCACCACCUUUUCCCCACGAUGCCUCGUCACAACUACUACAAGAUCGCACCUUUAGUGAAGUCGCUGUGUGACAAGCAUGGCCUGAGCUACCAGGUGAAACCAUUGUCGCAGGGCUUUAAGGAUAUCGUAGGGUCCCUGAAGAAGUCUGGCGACUUGUGGUUAGAUGCUUACCUCCACAAAUGAGGCUGCUCCAGCAAUCCUCGCUUCCCUCUCUCCUCACUGCUCUCUGAGUUCCAGCACUGCUUUGGAAUUCCAGUUUCUUUCGGAGUCUGUGUGCAUCUCAAGUGAUUUCCGCAGUAUUAACAGGAUGCUGCCACUGGCUCUCUGCAAGACCUGACGGCAGAUCCCAUCAUCAACUGAAGGCUGGUGAAGAGCAACUUUGAAUCAAAUUGUUCCACACCCCUAUCCCAUCCCCAUUCCAGCCUUGGCAGGCAACCAACCUCAAUGGAGCAGAGUCCGUUUUAAUUAGGCAAGAGACAAAUGGCUUGAUUUUAUUUCAAUUUAUUUGUGUUCAGAGGCACAGCCCUUAGAGCUGUGACACCAAUGUUGUGUUCUGCUAAGGGGAGCUACAAUAAUAGCUGGAUGGACAAUUACCUCUGGGUGAAAUACAUGUCUUAACAAGGUGUGCUGUGGCCACUGCCUCUUACUGUAGGGAUUGUUAAGGAGGAAGAGCUGCGAGAGUAUUUUAAGCAACCAUUUCACUUGCCCCCUAUCCAUGGGUGGCACUUAAGAAUGAGGUAGAUAGACUUAUGGACAAUGGAAGAGUCAAGAAUUCUAGGGAACAGGCAAUAAAACGAAGCUGAGGCAAGGCUGAAGAAACCGUGAUCUCAGUGCAUGGCGGAGCAAACUACGGAGCUGUGAGGCUCACUUCUGCUAUUUUAAUAGAUACAGAAUGGAAACGGGCCCCUUGGCCCACCCAGUCCAUGCCGGCCAUCAAUCACACAUUCACACCAAUUGACCUGCACUUCCAACACAUGAGGGGCAGUUUACAGAGGUCAAUUUACCUACAAACCCGCACGCAAGCCUUUAUGUUCUUCACCCUGGAUGGGAUCAUUUACUUAACUAACACUUCUGAGUAAAAUGGAGUUGAAAUAGCACACAUCCCUGAGACAGGAGGAUUUGGAAACCUGUUUCCUUCUGAAUCACUAAUCUGUAGAGAGUGGUAGAACCAGUUAGAGUCAUGGAUCACACAGCAUGGAAACAGGCCCUCAAACCCAACAUGUCCACGCUGACCAAGGUGCCUCAUCUAAGCUAGUCCCAUUUAUCCCUUACCCCCCCCCCCCCCCCCCCCUAACUUUUUCCUAUCUGUACACGUUAUUAUAACUGCAGUUACGCCUGGGUCGAUGGCACCCCACCCGUGGGUGUUGCAGAACCCCACAGAUGAGACACACCCCGCAUUUCCACCAAGGUGAGAUCUAGAAACAACUCACCAGUGGGGACCGCAGCACAGAGAGUCAGAAUGGUGGCGCAGCGGUAGAGUUGCUGCCUUACAGCACCAGAGGCCUGGGUUCGAUCCUGAACACGAGUGCUGUCUGUACAGUCUAAACGUUCUCCCCGUGACCUGUGUGGGUUUUCCCCGGGUGCUCCGGUUUCCUCCUACACGUACAGGUUCGUAGGUUAAUUGGCUUCGGUAAAACUGUAAAUUGUCCGCAGUGUGUAGAAUAGUGUUAGUGUACGGGGUGAUCACUGUUUGGCAUGGACUCGGUGGGCCAAAGGGCCUACUUCUCUAAAGUCUACACCAGGCAGGUUUUUAUAUGCUGCCAGCGUUGCAUCCCAGUUGGCAAGUGGCCUUUGGUGGGUAAGGCCACCAAGCAAAUAAUGAGACCUUGCUUUGAUCAUGCCUCAACGAGCUUGGAUUAAUUAAGUCUAUAAAAUAUGUGUGCCUUAGCGAGACAGCAUAGGUGUGGCCCAUGGACUUGUACCCUACCUGGUUUUAAAUUUGGAGUAAAGAAAUGAUAACCAUGGAUUGUCAGGGAAACCCAUCUGGCCCCUGACAGAAAUCCACCAUCCUUACAGUCUGGAAGGAAUUGCAGCUCCAGUCAGUGUUUCGUUUCUUCACUGUCGAUGAGUGAGCAAUGAAUACAAUACAAGUGAAGACACAAAGUGCUGGAGUAACUCAGCGGGUCAGGCAGCAUCUCUGGAGAACAUGGAAUGUGAUUUUUCAGGUCGGAAAAAGGUUCCUGGCCCGAAACAUCACCUAGCCACGUUCUCCAGAGAGGCUGCCUGACCCGCUGAGUUUCUCCAGCACUGUCUUUUUUAUUAAAUAAACCAGCAUCUGCAAUUCCUUGCUGCAGGUGAACUUCACUCACCCAGUCAGCCUAUUCCUGAUUCUAGAUCUAUCAACAUCUACCAAUCUUUAACAAGCUUCUUGGUUCAUGAUGAACAAUAAAUAUUUUCCUUUCCAGCGACCUCCAUGUGCUUUGAACUAAUCAAUAAACUGUCCGACCAAUUGGAGGCGGGGGGAAUAACUUGCUGCACCCUUGUUCCCAUCCAUCCCCCACCACUAUUGCCACUCCUUCCUGCUCACCUCACACCCCCCCCACACGUACUUGAACAAAGUGCCAGAAGCAGAGAACUAACAAAAUCACGACACACACAUUUGGUGAUUCUGAACAUGAAUAAAAUCAAGCCCAGAGAGUUUACAAAGAAAACACUCUAUUAAAAAAAAAAAAAAAACCUGAGGAAUGACUGGUUCUGCAGUGGUUUACGGGUGAUUUGCAAAAAUUGUUUCUGUGUCGUUUUGGAACAGAUCGUUGACCUGAGAUAUCACUCCAAGCCGCCAUUGAUCCUGUUCUUGCCAAGCACUGUUUCUGCUUCUGGGAACCAUGAUCGCCAGGUCACCUUGCCUUUGUACUGCACGUACCCCUCAUCCUGGUCAGGUAUCUGCUGAAACAAAGGUUCCUUCGCCCAUAUCUCUGUUCACAAUCUCUACAGACCAGGAGACUAUGACAAUGUUGUUUUUAAUAAACUGACUAAUUCUG